AUGCUGUCCUUCAACAUUGCAAUUGCACUAGUCCUCGCGACACAAUGGCUCGCUCUCGCUCAGGAGGUUGCUUCACCUCUAGAGUGGACCGAUGAUCCAUGGGCUGUGUCGGACGAAUCGAAGUCGUGUGGCGCGAAGAGCUGUCUACCAUGCGAACGUGUUGUAUGGGGUAUGAUCUCUAACCACAGAACAUGCUCGCAGAUCAAUCAGGACGACGUUAUCCAUAGUGUUAACGAUGUUUUUUGGGCGGUUUCGGGCACAUGUCAUCCUCAAGUUACCUUUGAAGGAAAUCGACUCAAUAUCAUAACGAACACAUACGACUGCUAUGCUUCUAUUCGACUACCAAGAGCCCACAAGAAGGUCGACUGGGGCCAGGUGAAAGGCAAGCAACUACCAGGCAAAGGAGACUAUUUCCACUUAGACAGUUGGUCGACGGACGGGUCUGUUUGGUGUCAGCUAGAGUCGGGCAGAAAUUGCAACUGGUAG